UGGCUAGUUAUCAGAUGAGGGGCGGAGUUGCUUGGAAAUGAAUGUUAUAAAUAUGUAUGUACAACUACUACUAGUCUUAUAGUUAUACUAAGUUGUAGUAGUUCCAGAAGUUAUUCGUUAAGAAAUAAAACGCUAAAAAUGUUAUUUCAUCGCAAAUUCAAUAAAUUAACCAUCGUUAUUUUACUAUUAAUAUUACUGUUAUGUAUUGCCAAAGAAGCUUACAGUUACAGUCACAAUGAUAGUGAUACAGAGUACGAUUACUUGAAUAUAAACAAAGAAAAUCCAGAAUUAAGACUUGAUGACAUUUUCACAGAAGAUGUAGUCCACAGUUCAAAACAAAGGAAAAGGGUUGAAGAUAUGACAUUAAUGUGGAAAACUACUAUUUUGCGUGUACCAGAUGCAGUAUGGGUUUUACAGCCGUUUCAUGAUGUGGGUGUAAAUACCAUUUCUGCAUUCAAAGAACCUGAGCCUGCAUCUUCGGACCAUGGUUAUCUAAAUUUAGAUGAUAUUAACAGGUUGUACAGAAAAGUGUUCUCAAACCAGAAGGAUAAAAAUUUUGCUGUCUCACUUUCAGAACGUUCGGCAAAGCUAGUGAAUAUGACUGACCAGUGUGAAAUAGAUAUAACGUAUACUUUAGAAAGUUUAAUGGAGUUUGAUGAAAGUGGAGAAUGGGCAUUCCAGAUGUUUGAUGCUGCGGGAAAACUAACCAGUGGAUUCUUAAAAGGGAGUUUCCAGUGGCUUGGAAGCUACAAGGAAUGUAUUGAUGUAUCUGCACCACAGGGUGUUAUAAAUGGAACAGAUGUCACUUUUGGAGGCUUCAGUGGUCAGUAUUGUCAAAGUAGUUGGUUUCUGAAGAUUUUUGGAAAGGCCAAUAUCCCACUUAAUAUUGGUAUAUGUGUGCCAAGCAGUUGCAGAAGUGACAAAAUUCAAAAAGAAAUCAAAUCAUUGUGGAAGAAGAUAGGUAGUAUCCCUAUCCUAAAUGGAGUAACAAAAAAUCUUUCUCCGAGCCGAGUGGUAUGCAAGUCAGAUUCUAUUCCAUGGAAAACUGGAGACAUUGUAGUCUUGGUUCUGUUUUCCAUUAUUGGAGCCUUACUAGUAAUGGGCACUACAUAUGAUGUCUUCCAAAGAUUCUAUUUUGACAAGAGAGAAAAUAAAGUUUGCACUAAUAACCAAUUAGGGGAAGAAAAACAUCCUAUUGACCAAUCAGAUUCUACUGCUGUGCAGUCUAAACCAGGGAAUGUUGAAAUUACUAUCAGCAGUCCACAUUCAGCUCACUUUUCUAAUCCUGAAUGUAAUGAAGCUGUCAAUACCAUCAAUAAUGAAUUGGAAGUAUAUGUCCCAACAGAAGCAGCGAAAUCUGAUUUUGAUGUCGUUAGAAGUGAUUCUCUCACAGAGAGCUUCUUUCCCAAACCACGGAAAUCAGCACUUUUAGGUGCUAUCGGGGAUAUUCUUCUGUGUUUUUCUGUGUACACUAAUGGAGCAAAGUUACUGGAUGCUACCCCACCUAAAGGUCAACUUGGUUGUGUGCACGGCAUUCGAUUUCUCAGCAUGUCUUGGGUUAUAUUGGGUCAUACUUACCUAUUUGGGUAUCCUCUCUUUGAAAAUUUUCUAGAAGUUUUGGAACUGGUUAAUACAAGAGCAUUUGAGGCUGUUAUACAGGGACCAUUUUCUGUUGACACAUUUUUUCUUUUGAGUGGACUACUCGUUACCUACUUAUUCUUAAGAGAGUCUCACAAGAGUAGAACUACUUGGUUUAAGUGGGUGUACUUUUACGUUCAUCGUUUCUGGAGGUUAACCCCAACACUUAUGUUAUUACUUGCUUUUGAUGCUGUUUUAUGGAAGCAUCUUGGAUCGGGACCAUACUGGCCUGAGGAGGGCACUGAAGGAACGAAGUGCUCAAAUUACUGGUGGCGAAAUCUUUUGUACAUCAACAACAUGUGGAAUCAAACAUAUAUGUGCAUGCCUUGGACAUGGUACUUGGCGAAUGACAUGCAAUUCUAUAUCAUUAGCCCCUUGUUCUUAUCAAUUUUUAAAAGUCACACAUUAAUAAGUGUUGGUGUUGUUGGUGGUUUGAUGCUGACGUCAUGGAUAUCUACUGGAGUUCUGAGUUCAGUCUAUAAGCUUAACUCUAUGUUUAUGCAACUUCGUGAUGCAGAAGCCCUUAUAGCUGCUUCAAACGAUCAGCAGGCAUAUUUCAACAUAAUAUACAUAAAACCAUGGUGUCGUAUCGGUCCAUAUCUUGUUGGUGUUAUAGUAAGCUUUCUCCUGUAUCGCACUGGAAAGAGAACCAAUUUCCUAAACAAGUGGUUAGUUUUACUGUGUUGGCUAAUAGCUGCAGGCCUUUGCCUGUCUGUGGUAUAUGGUACAUAUCAUGUUGAUAUGUCAAAUUCUACCACUUCUCUUUAUAAUACUCUAUCACGUACAGCAUGGGCAGUUGGUGUUGGAUGGGUGAUUUAUGCUUGUGUAACAGGACAUGGUGGUUUCAUAGACACACUGUUGUCAUGGAGAUUUUGGAUCCCAUUAAGUCGACUCACCUACUGUGCUUACCUCAUCCAUCCACUGGUGAUGUACUGGUACUACCUGAGCAGCAAAACUACAAUGUACGUCACUCACCCCUUGAUGGUAAUCAACUUUCUUGCCUUCACCGUUGUUUCCUACUCUCUGGCUUUGAUGGCAUCAUUGGCCUUUGAAUCACCAAUGAUGGCUUUGGAAAAAUUUAUUGUUAGCAAAAUCGAUCUGUGAUGCAAAAUUAAGUAGACUAAAUGAAACUUAGUUGGUAGAAAAAUAAAUACUUAGGUUAUUUGUAUUUAAAAAAAAAUAUAUAUAUAUCAUCCUUAAUGGUUUCAAGUACUUUGGAACCUCCUUGUUUGGUAUGACCUAAGUUCUUAAAAUAUUCUUUAUAAUCUUAGUAAUUUGUAAUAAUUCUACAAAGUUUCAUAAAUUUCAUUUCUAAUACAUGUAGACUGCAAUUGGUCUUAUAAAUCUACAUAAAAAUUAAACAAAUUGUACUUUUUAUCUAUUGUCUAAACUUAAUGCUUGUAUUCUGUGAUAUAGAUUUAUUAUUUGGUUGUUUAUUGUUAUAUGAUCAUGAUUGUAUUUACUUUGUACCAAAAAAGUAUUAUAUCAUUUGAGUCCAAUGGACCAACCCUGUAUGGGAGAAGUAAUGUGGCCUAUAAUUCCAAAUUUAUAAAGUUUAUCUUCAUGGAAUAUGGCAAGCUUUUAGUCACCAGUACAAGUCUGUUGUACACAAAAAACUUAAAAAAAGCUUUACUAAAAGUUUUAUACUGAUGAUAUACCUGUGAAAUGCCGGCAUCAGUCUGACUCAGACUCUAACAAGCCAGAGUGCAAGAGGAUGUUCAUGUGAAGAAUAAAAAUACUUUUGUCCAUUACACAUUUUGCAUAACUUCUACAACAUCUUAAAUGUAUUAUCUAAAGUUUUUCAGUAUCCCUUUAUAUUUAAUUUGGUACUUACUCUCAUUUAAAAGGAAUUGUCACUAAAUAAGCAACAUAGGGUAAAAUGAAUAGUUGAUAACUCUGACAUCAAAUGCGUAAUACCGUGUUGAAUGGCACUAUUUUCAAGGUUGUGGCAUGCACACUUUGACCCCCACCUGUGUACGUAGGGUUAAAUCUAACUUAAUAAAUCUGACUGUGAUAUAACUUCUGAUUAUGACUAGGUUUCCUUUAAUCUUUACAGUUAAGCAGUAGGAAAAAAUGAGUUUGUUGGUCUAAAUGUGUCCAGAUUCAGUUCAGUUUUGUGAAUGUAGUUAUUAAGUCCAAAAGUAUUAAAACAGUUUUAUGUUUGACCACUAGAAGAAGCUGGGUGAUUAUUUUUAAGAAGUUAUAAUUAUUUAUCCUAAUUUGAUAAAGGAUUUAUUCAUCAAUCCAACAAAGGCAUUUUUUUAAAAAAAUAUGGAGCCCAAUCUAUCAUUCAAUUCACCACUUGUCACUGAGUUAUACUAGGUUUGGGCAGUGAAGCAAUUAAUAGAUUGAACAUCAUAUAUUUAUUUUGUGUUUUAAACAAUUUGUCUCCUGACUAUUUCAGAAGAAUAAAUUAUUAGCACCAAUCCUACUUUAUCUUCAAAACUUAUGUGGCAAGUGAAAGAUGCCAUGACUAUAAUACGCAUUUGUUGGAUUUUGUUGUAUAUGUGUAGCAAAACAAUCCUGUUUUUUCAGUAAGUAAUUAUUAUUAAAAAUAUGAGUUUAUGUUACUUCCCUAUGAGUGGAAAAUGUUUAUCUUUUUAUAGAGCACUUCUCAUUGUAGAAGUAGAAAUAGCAUAUUUCUUAUUGCAAUAAAAAGUAUUAGUUUAGCAAGUAAAAUUAAAUAUUUAAAUAAACAAAACCAAGUAGGAUACUUAUAAGCCUUUUAUUCAAUAAACUGUAUAAAUUUUGGCAUUAAAAAAAAAAGGAAAUACUUCAAACAAGAUUGGACAAAAAAAAACAUAGCAGUUGAGUGUAUUUAUACCAGCUAUUGUCAAGUAUUAAAAUUAAUUUAUAUUUAGUAAGGUAUUUUUGGAUGGAGAACAAAGGAACUGUAAUAACUAAUUAAUGAAAUUGUGUUUGAGUAGUUUUGUAAUUUAUAACCUGUUUUUCUAUCAGACAAAAUAAUCAUUAAAGAAAAGCUUUUGUUUUGUUAUUGUAAGUAAAAAAGUGGGUAUAUUAUUAAAAACUCUAUUAAGGUUCAGAUGUUUUAAAGAAAACUUGCAGAAUCGUAAAGUCAAAUGUAAUAUUUCACAAUAUGACUUAUUGAUAUUGCCUAUAAUUUUUUAAAUGAAUAAUGGUUGGUAUAUUUUUAUACAUACAUAUAUAUAAUUGCCAUAAAAGAACCUCUUUUUUUUGGGGGGGGGGUACCUUUUGGCUGUGGAACUUCGGUAAAUAAAAAUAUUCAUAUUAAU